UCGUGCAGCAACAUCAAUGAUCCGACCAGCAGCAAAGUUCCCUUUCGGAACCAAUGUCACAAAAAAAGUCAAGUGAGAGACACUCUACAAAAGGCGACAUUUAUCGCUGUAUUUGUUUCCUAUUUACAUUAGCUCGAUGGAAGAAAAAGUUUGGAGUGGGGAAGGUCUGUUCUGAUUUCCCGUCCCCACCCUGGACGUUGGACGGAACCCAACAUUCGGAGGAAUAUAUGUGUCGUACCUGAGUAGGAAUAUCCGACAGCGGGGGUGUCCGGUGAGGGUAAGGUCACUCACGGUGCCAGUAGUUACCGGGGAGACGGGAUGGCGUCGGCCGGGGCUGGGCGGGUGCGCACUCUAUACAAACGGCUUUUGCUCGUGCACCGGCUGCUGCCUGACGAUCUGCGCGCCAUCGGUGACCGUUACGUCCGCGAGGAGUUCAGGAGGAGCAAAGGGAUCGGAGCGGAGGAGGCGAACAGGUUCCUGAAGGAGUGGGAGGCUUACGCAGAUAUACUGCAGGCACAAGCUACAGAGAGUGUAAUGCGUCCCAUGCAGAGGGUCUGCUAUGGAAUUGACCUCACAGCAAAUAAACUAAAUGACUUUAAUGAAGAUCAGAUUGGACAAUUAUAUACACUAAUGCAAGAAGCUACAAAACCGUUCAAUAAUGAAGAUGACCCUUAUCACAAAAAAUAAUUUAUUCAUUACCACAAUAAUGUACAGUUAACAUUGGAAUUGUACUUGUCAUUUCUGUUUUCUGUGUAUUUUGUUUUCUAGAAAUAAUAAAGUCCGAGGAUUUUAAGUGUGAUUGUCUUGUAUUCAGCAAAAGUUUAACAGCCCAUUUGCUUUCAACAUGGUAAAUUGUGAACAGAUAGUAAUAUUUAAUAUUUCAAAAAGAUCAAUAAAAUUAUUUUUCAAUAAUAAAUCCCUUGAAUACUGAACCAAAUCUUAUGUAAACUAUUUUUAAUGACAAUACAUG